CAAUAACAGACGGUCCCAACACAGAUCCAGAGUUCCAGACUCAUUGUCAGCGGCACUCGUUUCCUACUCGUUUGAUUGUCUAUUGCCCCGAUCGGUGUUAGAUUCCAAAACGCGAACAGUGAAAAGAACGACGGAGGAAAGAGCACGUCUGAGACGCAACAUUCUGAAGGCGACUCGUGUUCGGUCGUGCAGUCCUUUGAUAUCUCGGGAAGUCCCCUUAAAAGCCCGCUAAGUACGAUGCGGAGAUUCGUCGCGAACCGAGCGAAACAUCUGAUCGGAUCAUUGCAGCGCCCACUGUCCUCUCAAUCUUACUUCCUUUCCUCUACUUCCGCUGCUGAUCCUUCGACCAUGUCUUCUUCUUCUGCUACUGUUACUAGCGAAACUAUCAAUCCAAAGGUACUAAAUUGUGAAUAUGCUGUCCGUGGAGAAAUCGUUACACAUGCCCAGCAUCUACAACAAGAACUACAAGAAAAGCCAGGUUCUCAUCCCUUCAAAGAGAUACUUUACUGUAAUAUUGGAAAUCCUCAAUCUCUUGGUCAGCAGCCAAUUACAUAUUUCCGAGAGGUUCUUGCAUUAUGUGAUCAUCCGACGAUUUUGGACAGAAGUGAAACACAGGGUUUGUUCAGUGCUGAUGCCAUAGAGCGAGCUUGGCAGAUUCUAGAUCAGAUACCAGGAAGGGCAACAGGUGCAUAUAGUCACAGUCAGGGUAUCAAGGGUUUACGUGAUGCAAUUGCUGCUGGUAUUGCAGCUCGUGAUGGUUUUCCUGCUGAUCCAAAUGAUAUUUUCUUAACUGAUGGUGCAAGCCCUGCGGUCCAUAUGAUGAUGCAAUUGCUGAUAAGGUCAGAGAAAGAUGGCAUCCUUUGCCCCAUUCCUCAGUACCCUUUGUACUCUGCCUCGAUUGCUCUCCAUGGCGGUACCCUUGUUCCAUACUAUCUUGAUGAAGCAACAGGAUGGGGGUUAGAAAUUUCGGAACUUAAGAAACAAUUAGGAGAAGCACAGUCCAAGGGUAUUACUGUUAGGGCCUUGGUAGUGAUUAAUCCAGGCAACCCAACUGGUCAGGUUCUUGCUGAAGAUAAUCAGCGGGAGAUAGUGGAAUUCUGCAAGAGAGAGGGCCUUGUUCUCCUUGCAGAUGAGGUAUACCAAGAAAAUGUUUAUGUUGCAGAGAAGAAGUUUCACUCUUUCAAGAAGAUAUCCAGGUCAAUGGGAUAUGGAGAGAAAGAUUUGUCUUUGGUAUCUUUUCAGUCCGUUUCAAAAGGGUAUUAUGGGGAGUGUGGAAAAAGGGGGGGAUACAUGGAAGUUACUGGCUUCGGUGCUGAUAUAAGGGAACAAAUUUACAAAGUGGCAUCUGUAAACCUUUGUUCAAACAUCUCUGGUCAGAUUCUUGCAAGCCUUGUUAUGAACCCACCUAAGGUUGGAGAUGAAUCCUUUGAAUCAUUUUGUGCGGAGAAAGAUGGAAUUCUAUCAUCUCUGGCAAGGCGAGCAAAGACACUAGAAGAUGCCUUCAACAGUUUAGAAGGUGUCACAUGCAACAAAGCCGAGGGAGCAAUGUAUCUGUUUCCUCGCCUUCACUUGCCUAGAAAAGCAAUUGAAGCUGCAGAAGCAGCAAAAACAGCUCCAGACGCAUUCUAUGCUCGCCGUCUCCUUGAUGCCACUGGAAUCGUUGUUGUACCUGGAUCAGGCUUUGGGCAGGUUCUGGGUACCUGGCACAUCAGGUGCACGAUACUGCCACAGGAAGAUAAGAUUCCAGCUAUUGUCUCCCGCCUUACCGCCUUCCACCAAUCUUUCAUGGCAGAGUUCCGUGACUGAGUUAAUAUGCUUGGUAGUGGACACCACCUAGUCCUCUAAUAAGGUGUAUCUGCCCAUGUUUUUCCAUCUACCUUAAAUCCUAAUUACUUUGGGUCGGUAUUUCACCAUUUUCAGAUAAUAUCAUAUUGCUUGAAAACACCAACUCUUUUGCCUUCACAUUAAUGGUAAGGAUCAUCCAACCAUUUUGAUUUGUGGUUUUCAUUUCA